AUGGAACUCAACUUGGCACUUCCCAUACAAGAGGUGUCCCAAGAGUUGGAGGCUGAGUCUGAAAGGCUGAGAAAGAAAGAUGAAGACGACGCCAUCGAUGCUAUAAGUGUAAAGACAACAACAGAUCAAAUCUUCAACCCACCAACGGAGCCACAAAUCCAUUUGGAGCAACGGAAGCUUGGGCUGAGCAUUGUCCGAAACCUCGGCUGGUCUGGUUCCUAUUAUGAUGAUUAUGACGUUAUCACGGUUCAUGGCAUACGCGACGAUUAUAAGACUGCCUGGAUAGACAGAGAAGGCUCAUGGUGGAUAAAAAACAAACUAUUCCGUGAUCUGUCAGCCAGACAAAUCGAUUAUUCAUAUGAGAUACAUGAGGAUUCAUGUUUGUAUGAAACAGACGGUCUGCGACUGCAUGCAGAACGGCUUAUAACUGCGUACGCGAACGUUCGUAGUGAGCUCGGAGAUGCUCUUUCCAUGGCGUUAGCCCGUCCUGAUAAGUUUGGAAGGAUAGCUAUAUUAAGCACAGCUAUUCUGUUUCUCGGCUCUCCCCAUCGAUUCCGUUCUUUUGAGGACCUUGAAGAGCAGCUCCUUGCACUUAUUCUCCUUCAAGGGCCUGCUAUCAGGACUCAGUUACUUAAAAAGGUCAAGAUGCUUGCUCACCAGGUAGAGAGAGCUAAUCAGACAUUUCUAAGCACAAAGUUAUUCUAUCGGGUUACGGUUUUCAACAUCUUCGCUCAUAAUAUCCAUGACGCUGGGAACCAACGAUUAUUUCAGGAUAAGGCGACCCAUACAAGAAGCGUAAAGAAUAACCAGGAGGUUAUAAAUACGCCUUACACGGCUACUCCUUUCUUGCGCUUCGGGCACGAUAUUGGACAUCCGUUCGAAUCAUCGGGCAGAUUUGUUCUAGAUAAAGUGAAUCAUUUAGAUAUGGUCAGGGGAGAUGGACCAGAUGAAAGCUGGGUUACGCAGGUCUUCAAUCUGUUUGACAUAAACGGUUGCCCCAUCAAACUCAACCAUCAGAUUCUCCCAUUACAAGCUUGUUUCCUAUCGCUGGCUCCCCCGAUACGGCAAUUCGAUAUGUCGUAUGAUCCGAUGAUAUCCAAGGAUUCAACAGUGUGUUGGAUCAUGGAACAAAAGUUAUUUUCAGAGCUCAACAAGACAUACAAACGCCCUGAGAUUAUCCAUUUACAUGGAGAUGGGAGCCCUCGUAUUGACAUUAGUGAAAUUUCUCGACGCCUUUGCGCUAAUUUUGAUAACUCUCGGGUCAUCGCUGAUAAUGGGUCUCGGACGCCUGUUAGAAGUGUCAUUUACUUUGAGUUUGAUCAGUGGGAUUCCAAAUACAACAACAUUUCGUCCAUGCUGUUAUAUUUUAUCAACAUUGUGUCCUGGCGCCUCUGGCCGCACAACUAUUGGUUCGAAGAUUUGGAAACCCCCGUAAGAGACACCAAAUAUUGGUCAUUGGAGACCAUCUGGCAUUUUUUUAUCGUUCCCUUUUUGGCCUCUACGCCUUCGAAGCUCACGUUCUUCAUCGGUUGCUUUGAUCAGUGCCCCGAAGAAGAGCGCAAGUGGUUUUUGCAGCGCAUUAUGCUCUUUCAGAGUUAUACCGAACAGAGCCCUAGCUUUAUUCUGUCUACCUCUAGUCAAGAUGGUUUAGCCAUCGAAGCGUUGUCCGAAGAUUGGCGCAUUAACCUGCAGGAAUGCCCAGCACUCAACCAGCCAAUCAUCAAAAAUACGUCGACUGAUGAACUUCGGUCUGGUCUAUUUGAUCUUAUAUCGAAACGUCCUGUUUAUGAAAAGGUCCAGUUACAGCUAGACGCGUUACUUGAGCAGUGCAGCGAUAUGCCAUAUCUUGGGUUCAUUAUCCUAAGAUGGCUUAGCAAUUACCGCCGUGGAGCUGCAAAGUCUCAGAUUGCUGAUCUUAUAAGGCAGCUUUCACCUGUCACUGUGGAAAAUACAGCGUGCGUUUUUGUUUCCUCGUUGAGAAAAGAAGAUCAGCCAAUGAUGAGAGAUAUAUAUAACUGGAUCAAAUACGCAGCGGAACCAUGGACGGCAGAGUCAUUAAGCGAGGCGCUUACCAUCCAUCAAAAACUAUAUGGAGAAGCAACGGCUGAAACAGAGCCAUCUAUUGAUGAUGUUGAUCCCAGGGAUCUCCUCCUCAGUAUUGAACAAGUAUUUGGUGGAAUCAUCGUCAUCUUGAACCGCGAUAUCAAGUUCAGUCACUCGUCGUUUUACAAUGUGUGCAUUGACAGGAUGACACCAAAAGACGAUCUGGAAAGAGACAGAGUGAAUGGCGAGAUUGCUACAGCUUGUUUACGAUAUUUUAUGCUCAAAGACACCCAGCAGAAGUUGUUAAAUCUCUUCCCCGGAAUCCUCGAUGGUGGUCCAUGGACUUCCUUGCUUGAUGCAACGGUCAUUGCUCACCAGCAAGACAGCAUGGCUGAAUAUGCGGUGCGGUUUUGGCCCCAGCAUUACAAUUCCAGUGGCAAAUUCAAGCCCAGCAAUUUAGUACAUGAACUGUUUUCCAACCGCGCAGCUCGAGCCGCCUGGGCGGUACCUUUCUUCUUCUUCUCCAAUCCACUCACCCGGAUCAACAGAAGCUACGUCUCUUCGCUACCAAUAUUCGCUAGACUAGGUCUCGAAGAUUUGGUUAAUGAGUAUUUGGAGUCCAAAAAGAACGAGCAUGGGUUCUUCAAGGACUGCUGGUAUGCUGUCACAGAGGCAUCGAGAGUGGGAAAUAAAACCAUCGUUCAGCGAUUGCUUGACCAGCUUCCUGUGGAUGAAGACGAGCUCAGAAACUCAUUAUUUUGGGCUGCAGCUUACGGGAGAGAUGGCGUGGCAGACCUUCUCCUUGAGCGUAUACCAAAUCUCAGUACCUUCCAGUGGCCAGAACAUAUCUCGUAUCAAGCCGCUGCAGCUGGAUUAGACAAUAUUCUCGCAGCUCUCAUACAAGCCGGUUAUAACAUGAACGAGCUGGGUCCUUUGUGGAGUUCGCCUCCAGUUGUAGCGGCGGCGUGGUGGAAUCAAACUUCCACUGUGGAGUUUCUGGUAAAUUCUGGUGACAAGAUUGACCUCUCAGUAUGCGCCAGUGACGGCGACGAUGCAUUAUUGGCUGCCUCACAGGUGGGUGAGCCGCACGUCGUCGACAUCCUUCUCCGAGGAGGUGCGAAUGUUAACCACAAAAACCACAUUGACAUGGGACCUGUCUACAAAGCCACUAUUCAGGGCAAGUACAAGGCGCUCAAGUACCUUCUGGCGGCCAAUGCGGAAUUUGAGAACGACCGGGAGGGUGAUACAGAGAACAUCUCCAGAGGGCCGCCCUUGCUUACAGCAGUGAGUUCUGGCUACCUAGAAUGCACUCGCUUGCUGCUGGAUGCAAGCAUUGCUUGUCAAAACGCUCAAACUGGCGCAGUCCCAGAAGAUGUGUCUCUCAAUAUUAGUUCGGGCAGUCAUACACAUAUUACAUGUAUGUUGCUUCAGAAUGGUCCAAUUCCGCCAAACAACGCUCCGAGCACUAGGCAGCUCCUUCUUGAGGCUAUUGAAUCGGGCAAUACCCAACUUGUUUCGCUGCUGAUCAAACAUGGUGCUUCUGUCAAUGCCUUUGAAACGCCCUUGACAUUGGCGGCUAAACAAGGCAGUGUUGAAAUGGUGAGCUUGCUCCUUGAGAAAGGGGCCGACAUCGAUGAGGUGACGAAAGGCGGAACUACGGAAUCGCCCUUAUUUCGUGCCAUCUUUGCAAACAAAGUAGACGUUGCAAUGUUGCUGUUGGAAAAAGGUGCUCGUAUACAAUGGGAGACAGAUUUAGGGUUGAGUAUGCUCAAUAGCGCUUACAACACUCCAGAGGUGAUUCCUGAGCUACUUCGAAGAGGCCUUGAUCGUGAUCACCAGUGUGUUUAUGGAAGUACUCUUCACAUGGCCGCACGAUGGGGAUACCCAAAGGCGAUGAAAGCCUUGCUAGAAUCGGACCCUAAGCCUAACCUGAACCUCGUGUACGGGGCCGCUGAUAUCUUCUCGGAGAAAUCGGACUCAGAAUACAUCAUUCGAGAUGAGCUUGGUCUAACGGCUUUGUUAAUCGCCUGCCAGAGAUAUGAGCCCGAAUGUGUGGAGCUCUUGUUGAAGGCCGGUGCGGAUCCUCACUUUCGUGGCAAAGAUGAUAUCGAGGCUUCUGAUAUACUCAUGCGAGCUGGGAAUCUCGAAAAAGCUGAACGAUGCCUCAGACUAUUUCUAUCCGGGCCUUACAAAGAAUCAGCAGCACAAAAGCUGGACAAGAAAGGAAAUACCUUGUUGCAUAAGAUUGAAAAGAAGACGCUCGUAUCGGUGUUGCAGCUUCUGGUUAAAGCUGGGGUACCACUGGACAGCAAGAAUCGGGAUGGAUACACUCCCUUAGCCAUCGCCGUUCAAAAGGGCAACGAGGCAGCAGCCAAGUAUCUCAUCGAGUGCGGAGCCUCUCGUACAGGCAGUGUUUUGCGCUUAGCUUGCGCACAGGGUUCCGUGAACCUCGUCGGACUGCUUAUCCAAGAGGGCGCUGAUCCAGAGGCUAUAGAGCCGGAAUAUGGCAGGUCGCUUCUUUACACGGCACUCCAUAUAGAUGACGAGGCAGCAUGCAGCCAGAUGGUGCGUUAUCUCGUUGAUGAGGUCAAAGUUCCGCUUGAUCAACCAGGUGGUCAAUUCAAAUACCCCAUCAUUCGAGCCGCUCAUAUUGCACAUGGACCCGAGAGCGCCGGAUUGAAGGCGCUCAAAUUGCUCAUCCGGCGGAAGGCGAGGCUUGAUGUGGCCGACGAUCAGGGGCGUCGUGCAGUGCACAUUGCAGCAGCAUUAUUAUGCAAAGACGGUCUCUGUGCGCUUGUUCGAGCAGGUGUAGAUAUUAAUGUACGAGAUAAGCUUGGGCGUCUACCGAUUCACUUUGCGGCUUCAGUAAGCAAUCAGGACAACCUUGAAUAUCUGCUAGACGAGUUCAAAGACAUCAACAUUGACGCAACGGAUUAUGACAAUUGGACAUCGCUGCUAUGGGCAAGUCGGACGGGCGCCCUUGGCAGUGUGGCUCAGUUGCGUGAAAGAGGUGCUGACGUAUGGAUCCGAGGUCGAAGGCGAGUUGAAGACUCCAAGCCGGAGGAUACGUGGUCGGCAUUAAAGCUUGCUCGUUUCGCAGAUAGAGAUUCUUCAUGGAAUGAACAUCUCACGCCCAAGGAGAGUACAAGAGUCAACUCAGAUGGCGAUACAGAGGAAUGGAACGACUCCCUCCACAGAAGCAUGCCUGGGGAUCAAAAGACGAUGAAGAAAUUCUGGGGAUUCGCUGGGAAUGUCAGCAAUGUGCCGAUCAAGUUUCCUUUUGCUUCAAGUGCUUCGGUCGUCGUGAUGACAUCCACGAUUCAGGCGUCAUUGGCGCAACGCGGAGAAUCUCUUGCAAAUCCUGAAGCCGACUUGACUUUGGCAGAUGGCUCAAGAUUGCACGAGGAGAUGGAAGCUGUAGUAGGCGGUGAGGUCAGUGCAGCAGCUCCGGAGGAUGAGGCUUCCAGUGAUAUAGACUUGGACUUUCAUAGCGAGGAUACGGACUCAAGUUCCGACUUUUGA